AUUGGCGGAACCAACGAGUCGCGAACCGGAAGUGGCGCGCGUGCGUGGCGGCGAGACGGGGAGAGCCCCUAUAUAAAUGUAUAUAGAGUCAGGGCGAGGUAGCGUUUGAGUGUGGGGCGCCGCGGGGCUUCUUCCUCAGCAGUUGAAGGGAGAGUAACGGUCGCAACGGUCGCUCUUCUCCGCCACGAGAGGCCAGCGCCACGCCCCCUUUUCCGCCGGAGCCUUGCCCCGCCCACCCGCUCGCUCCCGCUCUCCCUCCCUCUCUCUCUCUCUCUCUCCCCGCGUCACCGCCGCCAUGUCCGACAAGGAGUUCAUGUGGGCCCUCAAGAACGGAGACCUGGACGAGGUGAAGGACUACGUGGGCAAGGGUGAAGAUGUUAAUCGGACACUGGAAGGUGGAAGAAAACCUCUUCACUAUGCAGCAGAUUGUGGACAGCUUGAGAUCCUGGAAUUCCUUCUACUAAAGGGAGCUGAUAUUAAUGCUCCAGACAAACACAAUAUUACUCCACUCCUUUCAGCGGUUUAUGAAGGCCAUGUCUCUUGUGUGAAGUUACUCCUGUCAAAGGGUGCUGAUAAGACAGUGAGAGGGCCAGAUGGACUAACUGCCUUUGAAGCCACUGACAAUCAGGCAAUCAAAGCUCUUCUCCAGUGACGGAUGGACUGAGAUCUAAUGUCUCUCCUGUGGCCUCACACUGCUGCCUGUCUAUCACUCUUUGUAUCUUCCAGCUUCUUCAGCUAAAUAUUGGAGAGGGAGGAAAAAAUCACACAUCAGACUAAGUUAGGUACCUUUAUCAGAGAAGAGAACCUGUUUGGAGAGAGUAGAAAUCCAUAUAAUUGAUGUCAAGACUUUGUUCAGGGUGCAGUCUUUCCCCAUUUCUACCAAAAUUGUACCUCUGUUGGCAAGGGGAGAAGAAUGUGGUCUGACAUGCAGCCUAUAGGCUUCCCUUGUUCUGCUAAGACAUGCUGAACAUUUGUGAGAUGGAUGGUUUAUUCUGUAUUUUUCCAACUUGUCAAGGCAGUAGUACCCCAGUGCUGUUGUGCUGCCAUCUAUCAGUCAAGGCAGUGGAACAGCUGUUCUGUAGUCCCUGUUCCUUAAGCAAAAUACUUUUGUUUCUAAGGUCACAUACUUAAUUUUUAACUGCCUGUUUUAAUAAGGACUGUACAGCAAAAGUAGGGCUAUAUCUCCAGCAGGGGUACUGAGAGGGUGAUCCAAUCAUGUUUUUCCCCACCAUCUAAGACAUUUAAUUGAAAACUAGCCAGCCAGAUGAUACACAAUGCCUAGUUCUGGAAAAGAGUUGCUCCUUAAAGGCUUCCAGUUGGAACUUCCUCAUCCAGCACAUCAUUAAAAUAUACUGGAACAAACUGGCUGCUCCAGACCUACUGGUGCUAGAGGAUGAUUGCUUUUCCCUUCAUGAUUUAGAAAAAAACAUGUUUACUACUACAGCAGAAAUGGCUCUCAAUAUAACUUCAUUUUAUUCUCUUAAAGAAGGCAGGAGCUUUCUUUGUCCUAGCUUUAACCUUACCACAUUUAUCUCAUAUGUUGCAUGUAUUUUUGAAUGAUUUCUGAGUCACUGUUUUGACUUUGGAUCUGAUAUAACAGUACAGCAGACUGAAGGGUCAUAUUCCCAAAGGAAAUAAUGACAUGUUGCAUUUACUGCCUUGUAAACGAUGUUUGCUUAUACAGUUCAUUUCACAAAUAUUCGUCAUGAUAGCUUUUUAGGGACAUUUCAUACAUAAGGCUUUGUAAUAUACAAAUAUGUUGAUUUGGGAUGCCGGGGCAAAUAGUACAGUACUUGGAUAUUCCUAUUCAGAAAUGUGGAUAGGUUUUGUAUCAUGAUGUUAAAAACGUCCCAUGGAAACCUCUACUGGCUUUGCAUCAGUGUGUGAAAUAUUGUGUCUUGAUUGUCACCCAGAUAACUCUGGUGUCCACACAUUUCAUUGUGUUGAAUGUACUCUUUUUCAAUUUUUAAAGCAUUUCGUUUAAAUUCAAGAAUAAAAACAAAUAUUUGCUAUACUAGUCUAUCAAAACAAAAUGAAAAAUACAUUCUCCAUAGGCAACGUGAAAGUGUAGGCCAAUAUUACAAUUUAAACUGCAUUUUAUUUGUCCCUUAUAACCACCCACAAUAACCAUGUUCUGCAGCUGUGUGGGGAACAAAGUUAAUUCUCUAAGGCAGUCUUAAAAGUAGAACCACUUAAUCUAUUUUUGAGUUGAGGCAGGAAUGUAGAAAUACAAGCUUUGCAUGCAGAGUUGGUGUAAGCUCACAUGUUCACUUUUCUAUUCUACACAAAACGUACUGUUAAGAAAAAAAUCUGAUUAAAUUUAAAACCAGAUAUUGAUGCAUAAAGUUGAACUAGUCCACUUGAAAUUUCUCCUGGUGUGAAAUGAAACUAUCAUUCUGUUUUAAAGGUGAAAAUCUCACUGCUACAUAGCUGGACUAAUAGUUUUCUUUAAUUCUCCUUAUGUAUCAUUGGAUGACUUUGAUCUUCUUUCUAGCAGUUCAGUGUCGGAAUACUUGGGCCUGCUUGCCUCUUUUCUCCCUAUAGCCAUCUCACUCUCACUCCCCAUCUUGCACAUUUUCAUUUUAGAAAAUGGAUUAUGAGAAGUUAGCCACUUACACAGAAUAGUUAAAAUAUACAUAAGUACUCAUUCUUUAACACAAUCAUUUCUGCAAUUACCAUUAUAUAUAGGCCACUCGGUUCUGUAUUAAACAUUAGGAAAAGCUAACCACUUUUUAAAAUUAGAAGAUCAUGUGUUAUUGAGAUUCUAUUUAUCUGAAAAAUUAAAAAUAGUGGCUACCAGUGUCUCAUACUAGUUAUUAUUAGUGGAAACUCUUGAGGUCCUUCUCCCAAUAUGAAAUUUUAAAAGUACUGAGUUAGAUCCAACACCAAUAUCCUUCCUUGCAGAUUUCUUUUUAAAAUAAUGACUUGUGGUCUUAAAGCUUUUUGCUCCCCAUUGUAUAGACAUUGCUUUCAAAACUUAGUUUUUAUUCUUCAGUUCAGUACUAAGUGGGUUAAUUGAUCAAUAGAAGAAGCUGGUAAGAGUGGAAUGUCCUAGUCGAGCAGUUGCAGUGUUGCAUGCAAAAUCUCAACGGAACAGUCUUAUAUUUUAUAAAUGGAGAAACAACCAUAUCUUUCUACCAAGUGACAGAAGAAAAGUAGUGCUUUGUGCAUUUUGAUAUUUGACCUUUUCCACAAUGUAACUAUUUUGACACAGUUUUGGUUUAUCAUUAUCAUGGUUCAUAGACAUCAGAUUGCUAAAUGAUACUGUGUUUGUGUUGCAAGAAUGAAUGGAAUAAACUUGAAUUGUGUUACAGAAAAA